ACACGGUGCUCUCACCGUUCGUCUCGUUAAUCUUGAUUUAUUUAUUCUUCUGUGAUUGAAGUUACUGUGCAUUUUUGGCGGUAAAUGUGUGUUUGGCACUACUUUGGUGUGCUGUGAGGCUGUGUAUUCCUCCGCUGUGUGAUGAGGGAGCAGAAGGACCCGGAUGUAGUGUCAUGGCCGCCGUCUGUGUGUUUCUCGGAGAGGAAGAGGAGGAAGGCUGCCGUUAAACCGAUAAACGGAGAAGAUAGAGAGGGACAGAGAGCUACAGAGGGAGCGGGAACACCGGGGACAACUUGGAGCCAGUUUACGAUCUCUUCAGGCUGACAGCCAUGGAAGAAGAAGUCACGUUGCCUCCUGAUUCUACCAAAUGUAACCUUGCGGUCCCAGAUGAUGAGAAGGAGAAGGUCAAGGACUUUGUGUUCAAACACUUCAGAGAGGUGACAGACAGAUCACUGUUCAGUGAAGACUUGUCCACAAAGAGAGACAGACAGGCUGUCAGUAAAGCUCCCUGUAAAGUCCAGCAGGGGGCGGUGUUCUCUGGAAAGAUCCUGAGUUUUGAAUGCUCAGUGUGUAAAGAUGGCUACACCUACAGCCCCAACGAUCUGCUCAAACACUUCAGAGCAGCUCACAGAGGAACUCUUCCUACAUACCCAUGUGAUCUGUGUGGAUUUUUUACCAACGAGUUUCCCGCCCUGCAGCGCCAUCGCAUCGAGCACAGAAAUACUCUGGUCACAUGUGAGCUGUGUAAUGAUGACGUGCAGUACUCUCUGCUGCUGCUCACCAGACACUACAUCAUGUGCCACAGCGUGAAUGGACUGUUCAGCUGCGACUGGUGUGACUUCACCACUGUAGACGCCGGCACAUUUGUCCAACACAUCCACCAUCACAACGAGAGUCCGUGGAAGUGUUCCAAAUGUCGCCACAUCAGCUUAAACGAAGAGGAUCAUCAAAGACACAUUAAAGCUCACUCAGGAACAUUCCCCUUCACCUGUCAGUUCUGUGGUUAUGGAGCGGCGAGGAGUGACUACCUGAAGAAUCACAUAGCAACUGUUCACAAAGAUGAUGCUGAGAAGAGGAAGAUGCUGAAGCCCGUUGAGGACAGCAUCACUCCAUCCAGCGCAUCUGCAGCCCUGAAACUUCUGAUGAAGAAGUGUGAGACCCAGGAGGCCCCAAGGAGCUCCAAACUCAACUGGCUCUCCGGGAGUUUAGCAAACAAGAACGGCCGAAUCAUCAAACCAGAGAUUUCCGUGGAGGACUGCCAGCACUCAGUAGAUGGGACUGUAGGUAUAAAAGACAAUAACAACUGCACCAAGAGUCCUCCAAAUAGUGAGCCACCAGCCGUGGCACAGGAGUCUGAAAACUCAGCAACUUCUGAUUCUGCCACUCACACCAACCCCAACGGACUGACCGUCCUCAUGGUGAAGAACAAAAUCUCUCUGCCCCCAAACUGUACCACCAAAGUCAUGGGCUUCAAGAUGGUGGAAGGAAAAAAACAUCUAGUCCUUAAAGUCAUACCAUCAGCAAAGCAGGAGUCGUCCAAUCAGAACGGUUGUCUGGUGGAAGACGUCAGCUCCUCAGCACCAGAUCCUGUGUCCUGUAAACAUAAAGCCACUGUUGAGUAUGGAGAAGGGUCUCAUAGAAGGGGUCCCAAAACAAACUGCUUCUCUGUUUUACCCCAGAUGAUGGAUCAAGAUGAAAUAAUGACAGUGAAAGUCAAGAUUGAGGAGGAGGAAACGUCUGUUAGCAGCCUGGACUGUACUGCACAUGGAAACGAUGAGGAACAAACCGAUGUGCCAACCCACGCAGACACAUCACAUCCCGUAACUAACGACUCAGACCAAAGUCAUACAGAGACAGAAACAUUAGAUAAUAACCCACUAUGUGGCAGUUCUGAUGUCAGUCAGGCUUCAAAGACAUGUGCUGUUAAAGUCACUGAUUUAUCCACACAUUUAAAAGCAUUUCAGAAAAAUGCAUUGUCUGAGCCAGUCACCAAAAACACAGUAGAAACCAGCUCUAACCCUAACCCAUUCACCAAAAAACAGGAAGAAACCAGCCCGAACACUAACCCAUUCACUAAAAACACAAUAGAAACCAGCCCCAACCUUAACCCUAAACCUAAAAACACAGUAGAAACCAGCCUGAACCCUAACCCUUUCACCAGAAACACAGUAGAACCUGACCGUAACCUUGACCCUGACACUGACCUGGAGGUAACAGACAAACACAAAGGGAACUUGGUUGACCCCACAGAAAAUGAAGACCAAGGUGCUGCUCUAGAAAAUAACAAUAUUCCUGGUAAAGUUAAAACAGGGACAACUAAUGCAGUUCACCAAAACUCUAGAAAUUUUCUAAUAAAUCCAGACCUUGUACUAGAAUCCCCCCCGUCCUCUCCUGGUCACAGCACCACAAGCUCUGAAAUCUCUCCCCCAAACCAGGAAGUUUUCUCUUUUCACAAUUACUCUAAGGAAUCCUUCAGCACUUCACCUAACACUAAUCAAACCUCUGAUAGGAUGCCCAGACUCGCAGCAGACAGACUGAACAUUAUUAAACCAUCCAAGUUUGGAUUGUUAGAAUCAGUAGAAUCAGUAGAAAACAUCAGCGAGGACUCUGGUGUAAAGGAGGAUCACUUGAGGACAGCAGUAGAUACUGAUAAUGAGGUUAAUGAGUGCACUGUGAACGAUCCUUCGUCAGAGGAUGAAAAUCCUGAGUCAGUGCUCCAAGACUUUAACAUUAUAAAGAUAGAGGAGGAGAGCGUUCCUGUCAGCAAACAUCAAGCAGAAACUAGGAGUCAGUCCAAAGCUGUAGGCGGUUCUGUAGAGGAGUGUUCUGCUGCAAUUAUCAGCCAGCAGCCUAACAAAGACAGUGUGGGAUCUUUGGCUGCGGUAAAGGAUUCUUUAAAACCAACCAAAACGACUCUGCGGAUUCUUCAGUUGCCUGACAGGAAGCAGCCGGUCCUCCUCAGGACUUCAGAGAAUCAGUUCACUGGGCCACUGCAGGUCAAAGGCAGCCAAGGCUUCAAGCUAAUCACCAACUCUACAAACCCCCAGAUCAACGUUUCGUACUUGAGCCCAGGGUUAGAACGAGUGAGUAACUCAGCCCCAAGUCCCAUUAACAGGCAGAUGGCUGUGUCUGUACCAAAGACUCCUGAAAAAGGAACCGCCCUCCUCUCACCUGUCCAGCCAGGCAUUGGCAACUCUCCCAGUCACUACUUCAUCAACAGUCCAGGUUUUAAAGGUCCUGUUCUUCUUUCUAGCACACCACAUACUGCACUGACAGACAAAACCACAAAGACACAACCAACCUGCUUCUUACUUCAUCGAUCUGUCCCACUCGCUCAGGCCCCCAGCACCCCUGGCCUCAGAUUGGCGAGUGCUCAUCUUCCCCUGAAUGCUCGGCCUGUCCUCGCCAUGCCUAUGAACUCCCCUGACAAACCCAGUUCUCUGCAGGCUGGUCGCCAGGCCUUCCUGCUGCGGUACAUUUCCCCUCCUAAAUCCAGCCUGCUGCUGAACAACCAGGACCCAAAGGCCGGGAUUCCAAGCAGCCAGACCACUGAAAGUUCUGGAAAUAAAGUCAUUUUCAAAAUAGUCACUCCCACCGGCAGCCUUCUUACAAGUGGAGCUCCUUCCUCCAGCACUCAGCCUUUGUUUUUGGCUGCGAGACCUCAGACGCAGUGUUUCCUAGUUUCAUCAAACAAAGUUAGUGCUAAUGCUCCAAACACAGUAAAGAAACUGAUCAGCAUACAGAACACCACCCAGAGAGAGGUGAAGGGUCCCAUCCUUUCCCCUGCUCAGAAUUUAAAGGUACCGCCAUGUGAAGCAGACAAACCCAUCCUGGCUCCAAGGCCCAUUCGACCUCCAAGCCAAAGGAAGAGGCGCGGGAAAACAUUGUUUGAUGAACUUCCAGAGACAGUUCACAAGUCCAGAAGACUCUCUAAUCGAGCACUGAGUGAGAAAGAGACUCCUGAGUUCUGGAGACCUGCAGCCAGAGACACUGAGAGGACUCUGAGACUGUCCCCAUUCAGUCCUCUACAGCAGGUCAAAUGUCCCCGCAGAUACCAGCCCGUGGUUGUGCUCAAUCACCCCGAUGCAGACAUCCCCGAGGUGUCCAACAUCAUGAGAGUGGUAAACCGACAUAAAGGGGCGGUCUCUAAGGUCUCUCUGUCUCAGCACACGGUCCAGGCUCUGUCUGGACUCGCAGCCCGGGACAAGGACUCAGUAGUAAGUGGGUCGUCUUAUGGAGAUGAUCUGAUGCCUCGGCCAGUUUGGAGCUGUGUCCGAGAACGUUUCCUCCUGAAAAUGAAGCUAAGGAAGAAGAGCCGCAGGAAGUACAAGGUGGUGGACGCUUUAUCAGGUUGUAGGCAGCAGUCAGCAGUGUUUACCUGCUGGUUCUGUGGUCGGCUCUUCCACAGUCAAGAAGACUGGAUCGGCCACGGACAGCGCCACCUCAUGGAGGCCACCAGAGACUGGAACCAACUCUUCUGAACGUUUCCCUCCUAUGACUCUGUGGAACAAACGGUUAAAGGUGUAUAUUUUCUAUGACGUUUGUAAUAUUUCCUUGUAAAUAAUUGAAUCAUAGUUUAUCUUUGAUAUUCUAGUGACUUCUCUACAGCAGCAUGACUUCUCUCAUGCAACAGGUCCAACUUUGGGCUGGGCGAAGCGGACCAAGAAUCCGAGCUGGAUAUGUUUGAGUUAAAUGAUGCUAAAGGAUAUCUGGAUACACACUAAUAUAAAAUAAGAAUGAUCAACUCUGAGAUGAUUCUAGAAAAACCAAACCAGAUUGGUCCCUGUUUUUUCUAUGGCAGUGGUUCUCAAUUGGUGGAUCGGGACCAAAAAGCAGGUCUUGAAUGUAAAGAAUGCUUGCUUUGUUCCUCCUCUUUGAUUUGACAUAUUUUAUGUACAGUAUGAGGUCCAAACUAUUCUAUUUUCCAUGAAACAAAUCCACCUGGUUGAAAGAACAUCUGAAAUCUGGAUGGCAGUUUCUCAGUGAGAAGAUGAUUGUGGGUUCUGAGGCUUGACCAGUUAAGAACUGCUGCUCUACGGCCAGCUGAAUUUAUAUUUGAAAUGAGAGAUCCAAAAUCAAGAAACAGUUACUGAGACAGCUUGUUAGUUGUUUCACAGUAAAAACCUGCCCUGCUUUAAGGCAGUCAGAUAUCAAACUAGAAUCAAAAAACAGAAAAAGUGAAAAGAAUUACAAUGCAGAUGCUUUUAUCUAAGGCAGCGUUCACCUGACAGGUAGACAGGUGUUAAGGAUCCACACUGGAUAGUGAUCAUGCUCUGGCCAGGAUUUGAUGAUGUCUGAUGAAGGGCUAGGGCCCAACAUGUCACAGAUGUGGUGAUGAUCUUCAUUAAAUAAGCUUCGGCGCAUCUUCUGGUGUGCUGACAUAGUUUUCUGUUUUGCCUGUGACUUUUCUUGGUUCAGCACCCAGGACUCAGCCCUUUGGGAUGCGUGUGCCUUUUAACUUUUUUUUUGGAUAGAGCAGGAUUUGAACCAUCAAUAUUUUAAACCAAAGUCAGCAACUUAACCCAUUGAGCUAUCCAGAUCCACGUUCAGAUCCAUGUCCGGAUUCACAUCUGGAGUGUUUAGUUUUCUGUCCAAUAUAAUAAACAGGCUUCAGUGAGAUUUUUACUAAAAAUAUAAUCGCGCCCUAAAUUAAAUCGAAUGAUACUUCCCAUCUAGGCUAAUUAUUUCUAAGUGAUUAUCCUGUUAUCAGUAGUCCUAUCACUGUUAGUGGUUGGUAUUAUAAAUCUGCUGGGACUUUUAUUUUGCAACAUCAACAGUGAUUACACUAAUUGUUGGGGCUUUUCCACUAUGGCUUUUGGCCGUGCUUUUUGCUUUUGCCACUCCAGGCCAAGCUGAGAAUGGUCCUGCAGUAGAGCAGGGCCAAAGCGGUCCAAUUCCGCCUCUAAGUGUGCCACACCAACCUCAAAACAGUUCACAUGGUGUGAUAAGCCAGGGGGAUUUACCCCUUCUGCUUCUGAUAUCAACCUGGGACAUUUUCUGCUCAUGUGUUAUCCUGGCCUCUGCUCGGACUGACUACAGCUCUGUAACAGAGGUGGUCUAAUGUAAGCAUUCACUGAAACAUUUAUGACACACCACCAAAGCUCCAGAUUUAUGUGCUCAUACUGCGGUCAAUAGGUGGGCAUGGCCUGAGUUCUUACACUGAGGAGACAGACCAGGCGCAGAUCCAGGAUUACAACUUUUUCUGUACCCACUAAUUAAAAAGUUUGACCCUUUCUCCUUCUUUUAAUUUCUAGCCGUGAAAGAGACAGUCGUUAUUUAUUAACUGGCGCUAGUAAAGCAUGCAUUUCUCGCUGCCCAAUCCAAAAAUAUGAUUGUGUUCAUUUUCUGCUCCCCAGAGACCCAAAAAUCACUAAUCAGAAGACUGUUCUUUAACCCCCAUCUCAGAGCUAACUCCGCCCACUUCAGACUUUUGAAAAAUGCACAGAAAAUGAGCAGUUUGGUACUGAAAGUAGAGAGGGGACAAGGAGUUUUCCAGAUAAGGCAGGAGUGACAGUGACUCCCCUGAGUCCUGCAGCACUGCUGCCUCAGAGCAAUCUUUAGAGGUGGAGGAUUUUUCCCCUCCAGAGUCCUCUGAAGCAGGCUGGAGUGUGGUGGUGGACCGUGGUGGUCCUGAGCACUUCCUGUUUGGGCCAUUUGCUAUAGCACUGGCAUUACUAAAGCUGGAGCUCUCAGAGCCGAGGCAGUGCAGGAGAGAGUGGGAGUUAGGGCUUGGCGAUAUGGCCUAAAAUUGGUAUCCCGAUAUAUUUUUGCUAUGUCCUUAUACACAACAUAUAUGGUGAUAUUUUGAAAUGUCUUCUCAGCAGCUGUAUAAUGUUUAAUUCAGCCCCAAAUUACACUGGUUUGGUGAUUUUGACCAUUUCAUUGGAUUGUUAAUAAAAUUGCAG